AUGAGCGCCUUUGUCUACGGGACCCUGAUGUACCCAGAGGUGCUCAAUGCCCUCAUCAAUCGGGUGCCAAAGAUGGAGCCGGCGGUGAUCCUUGGUUAUCAGCGGUACCGCAUCAGGGGCCAGGUGUUCCCGGGCACCAUCAGGUCGGCGCCAGACUCCCAGGUUGCGGGCAUGGUGCUACUUGACCUGCAGCCAGACGAGCUGGAGAUGUUUGACGAGUUUGAGGGGGAUGAGUAUUACAAGGAAGGGGUAGAGGCGCGGCUGGAGGGUGGCGCCGCCUGCCCCACCACCGUCUACAUCUGGCAGGACAGCCUGCGCAGCUACCUGUACGGCGAGUGGGACCCCCAGGAGUUCCGGGAGCGGGAGCUGGAGCGAUACGUGGAGAUGUGCGCCGGCUUUGCGGCAGACGUGCAGCAGCAGCGGCGGUGGAAGGGCGAGUUCCAGCCCUCCUCAUCUUCCGAGGAGGAGCAGCAGCAGCAGCAGCAGCGGGAGGCGCCGGGUGGGGGCCCACCUGGAGGGGAGGCAUGA